GAGUCCGUUGUUUUCAUGAGAGUAGACGAGUCGCUGAGGUAGUCGACGAUUUACAGCAACCUUGACCUGUUUCGGUUAGUUAUACGGUUAGGUAGCUCGUUAGUUGCUACUUUUCUGAUCGAGUCGCUUGGAAAAAAAGCGACUUGAUUUAGCUAAUACGAGCCUCUUUGUGAAAUUAGGUCGAAAGGGAUGCCGCUGCAGACAGACUCCGACGGACGCCAACAGUCUCUGGAUUUAAUCUCGUCGCAUUUAAUCGGGAAGAGCAGUUUUUGUAUAAAUUUAAAAGGCCUCAGAAUAACACAUCCUCGACCGAGUGCUUUUGUAAGAUGCUUAAGCUCGAGUGCGAAUUAAUUGCGAAACUGUGAAGCGGAGACAGGAGCGUUAAUAAUCGGCGAAGCUAACUGCGAGCUAACUGCUAGCAGGUCGUCAACAAAGCGGGGCUCGUUAAUCUUUUGCGUCGCAGAGUAAACUGUUAGCUAAGAAGACGAGAGUCUACAGCGUGACUUCUGAACCCUGCUGUUUUCUGCCUGUGCUGAAUUUAUUGCUCGACCACAAUGAAACUGUUGGAAAGCUCCAGCUUUGAAGCCCUCAGCUCUCGACUGUGUGUUGAAACGGGAGAGUCUCGCAUCCUUGGCAGGAUGGAGAGCUACUCCUGUAAGAUGGCAGGGGAUGAUAAACAUAUGUUCAAGCAGUUCUGCCAGGAGGGGGAGCCACACGUCCUGGAGGCCCUCUCUCCCCCUCAGUCCACCAGCGCCACCAGCCCUUCACAGCUGGGGAAGAGCAGUGAGGAUGGGGAGAACCCCCUGAGUGACAAGUGUUGCAGGAAGACUCUUUUCUACCUCAUCACCACGCUCAACGAGUCCUUCCGGCCGGACUACGACUUCAGCGCUGCACGGGCCCAUGAGUUCAGCCGAGAGCCCAGCCUCAACUGGGUGGCCAAUGCAGUAAACGGCAGCUUGUUCUCAGCUGUCGGAGAGGAGUUCAACUCUCUGGGGCCGGAGCUGUGGAACGCCAUCGACCAGGAGAUCAACCUGCAGAGCUGUGACAUUUACAGCUACAACCCUGAUCUGGACUCGGACCCUUUUGGUGAAGAGGGGAGCCUCUGGUCCUUCAACUACUUCUUCUACAACAAGAAGCUCAAGAGGAUUGUAUUCUUCACAUGUCGCUCCGUCAGCGUCUUGAGUGGCUACGGCCGUGAUUGUCUUGACAACGAGCUGGACAUGGAGCUGGACGACGAGGAAGAAAUGGACGGCUUCACUGUGGACAGGUUCCCCAGAGCUCUGUGCGUGUGAAUUUCCCGCACUGACGCGCCUCGGCCAAAGAAUAUCUCGGCUUUUCCUCCUGUCCUACCAUUUUUCACCCCAUGUACCUUCAUUUUUAUUUGUUUGGAUUUUGCUGCCUCAUCCAAAGCCAUUCUCACGCUUUAGACUAAUGCAUGUUUGAAGCCUUCUCUUCUGCUGGCAGUGAGCUGUGUACCGUGAGUUGGUGGACAUUUUUUUUAAAAGACCCCCGCGGUAGACUUAAAAUCCCCUUCCUUUAACUCCAGUGUGGAUUUUUGACCCUAAGCUCCAAGCCCAAACAGCACACACACAUAUGGAUCUCUAAACCCGCCACAUUUUCCAAAGAGACCCCUUCAUGGACACUUGAAAGGAAGACGGUCUUGUUAAUGGAUGAGUGGCCAACAAAGACUGCAAGCGAGCUAAUUUUCUUGCAGGUGAUGUCAGCAAGAGGAGUCCAGGAAACACCAGCAUCAAUGAAAACCGACAGAUUAUGAUACCCUGAAGGGGGCUCGGCUGGGUCCAAGAAAACCCAGUUAAGACUGACUUAGUGACAGUUGAGAACUCAUCUGUUGUUUCAUUGUUUGCUAUUUUUGUGUGUUGCUUUUUACGUGUACCAGUGACGUUACUGUGAGGACUUUUUUCAGCACUGAAAUUUAAAAAACGCUGCAUUUAUAACUGAAAACUUGUAUUAUUGAAUCUUAUUACUGCGAACGCUCGUCUGUACUUUAGACAGCAGGGCACGGCCAAGGAAACUGUUGGCACCUGGGUUUCAGCUUAGAAAACAUAUCAGCUUUUAACAAAUGGCCCAUUGUUCUGUUUUUAAUUCCACCAUUUGUUUUAUACGUAGUCUAAAUCCAGUAUUUUUGCCACUCUUCCCAUGUCUAUUCCUGGUUAACCUCCCGUUUCUAAAUGUCCAUCUUGCCAGUGUUUUUCUUUGCUCAUUACCUCAGUGCAAAGGCUUCAUUGAAAAGUGAAUGUAUAGUACAAUUUAGAGGAAACAUUGCAGUUAAAUGGCUGAUAUGUUGUGCAUUAUUUUUUAGAAAUCGAGAAGCUCCUUUUACGUUCCUUACAAGUGGUUAGGAGUUGUGUCUUUUCUUAACUGCUCUGUGCUUCGUUUGAUUGGCCGAUAUAUUGCAGAUGUGAAUAAACUGGUGUUUGAAA